ACCAAUGCUUUCCUCAAAGCCUGCACCAAUAGGCAUUGGAUAAAGGAUAAUUCACAAUAUCUUAAAAAUAACAAAGCCCGGUUUUGUUUUUUGUUUUGUAAAAAUUGUGCAAGACGCAACUUGAACCGAGAAGCCAAAACAUUAAACAAAAUUCCAGAAAUUUUCUUCUAAUGUCGUUUUUAGCAUGGAGCUAUAUGAUCUCAUCUAUCACGUCAUAGAAGUAGUACUAUUGAAACCCACCCAUUAGUAUUUAUCGGCUACCAUUCAGUCCAGGCAAAUCUGAAUAAGAAUGAAAAGGUUUGGGCAAAAUCAGGAAUACAAAACAACUAAUUCAUGGAGUUACAACUGUGGCAAUCUAGAGCACAAUAUAAAACCUGUUUUCUCCACCUACAACAUUUCGAUUCUGAAUAGAAUAUGUUGAAGACUAACACUCUUUCUGUUCCCCAACUAAUUUCACUUAAUCAAAUAAUCUCGUGAUCAUGCAAAAGAUAUCCGCCUAAUGUAGUGUCAGAAACAAUUUCAAGUACAAUUCAGAACCCAAAUUUAGCAAGCUUUCUUCCAUAUUUCUAAAAAUUAACAGCAACCAAAAAAGUUUAAACUGCCUUCUUCCCAAACCCACAAAAUCAGAACUAUUAGCUUGUAGAAUUGAAGAAAAUUUGUGGGCACCUGUUGAGCUUUAAUUCGGCCUUGCCUCUCCGCAGCACAUUUCUCCAAGGCACUCUUGAGGGAAGCUUCGAGUUCUUCAAUUUUGGCAGCCUUACCACCCUUUGUCUUUCUUCUCCAAUAAUAACACACUACAAAACAACAAAACCAGCAAUAAAAAUCCAUUCUUUUUAGAGGGCUCUGUUAAGAGAGAGAGAGAGAGAGAGAGAUAAAAGAGUACCCGCAGAAGCAGAGACAGAGGCAACAGCAAGAGCUAUGGAGAGUGUCAACAAUCUGGGAUUUUGGGCAGCCAUGAUUUUAACAGUUUCAGGUGCAUACACAAAUUGAACAUUACGGGCUUCAACUCAUCAUCUUCAGAAAGCUUGCUUCAUUCAGUCCCGGAAAGGUACACAACGCUCAUCCUUUAAGGCUGAAAGUGUACAAGUUCGUGGCGUAGUUUGUUCAGUGAUGACAAAUAAUAAUUGCUCAUGGCUUCCUCUGCUGGAAGAGUUUACUUUUGCGGCUCAUUCUGCACCCUUCAAUAACUGUCAUGCUUCUACCAUUGUAGAGGUUAACAAAGAUCACUUUUUGGUUGCUUAUUUUGGUGGAACAGUAGAGGGAGCACCCGAUGUUAAAAUUUGGACUCAGACAUAUAAGGAUGGCAUUUGGCUGCCUCCGGUCAUUGCAGAUGAACAAACUAACGUCUCAAUGUGGAAUCCUGCCCUGUUUAAGCUCCCUUCUAACGAGUUGCUCCUUUUCUACAAAAUUGGACAGGAAGUUCAAAAAUGGAGUGGAUUCAUGAAACGAUCUUAUGAUGGAGGAAUCACUUGGCAGGAGAGGGAACAGCUUCCUCCUGGUAUUUUAGGACCUAUUAAAAAUAAGCCUAUCUUGCUGCAAAAUGGGGACUUGCUAUGUGGAUCUUCUGUGGAGAGUUGGAACUCCUGGGGUGCUUGGAUGGAGGUAACACCUGAUGCAGGUAAAUCUUGGAGAAAGUAUGGGCCAAUAUACGUUGAAAACAACCCUCUUGGCGUGAUUCAACCAGUUCCUUUCAUAACAGAAAAGGGAACCUUCCGCGUGCUACUGAGAUCUUUUACAAACCUUGGCAGAGUAUACAUGUCAGAAUCUGAAGAUGGUCAUAGCUGGAACUUUGCAAAGCCUACUGAACUGCCAAACCCCAACUCAGGAAUCGAUGGCGUCAAGCUGAAAGAUGGGCGUCUGUUGCUGGCAUAUAAUACCGACUCAAGGGGUGUCCUUAAAGUUGCUGUGUCUGCAGAUGAUGGAGACUCCUGGCAGGAGGUUACAACACUAGAGAAUACUCCAGGGAUGGAGUUCUCUUAUCCAGCUGUUAUCCAAGCCAGUAAUGAUCUUGUUCACAUCACAUAUACUUAUAACAGGACGCAAAUCAAGCACGUUGUCCUUAAUCCCAACUGAGAGCACAAGCAAAGAAAAUUUGCAGUCUUCAAUCAGCACAGGUACUUUUCUCUCUUUGUCCAAGAUGCUCCAUAUGUGUCACCAUAUAGAAGUGGCAUGAGUUUUGUGUAGUUAGAAAUUCAUUUUUGAAAAUGUUCUUCUAUUUCGGGUAGUGAUAUUGUAGUUCAUCUAGUUUCAAUCAUUUUGUUUAAAAAGUUUAAUUAAAAUAUUUGCUCUUUUUUGACUUCGAACAACUUCUCCGGCCACAAGGAAUUCUGUAGUUCAUGUACGUGAAUGAUCUAUCAAAAGGAUGUCUUAGAUGAAGAACAAUACCAUAUUCUAAAUGAAGUAAUCAUCCUCUGCAUUCCAUCAAUCAAACUUACAAAGCACCAUGAGUAGCUUUUUCUAUCUCUACGACCAAGACUGUUCUUCAUGCAUGUUUUUAUAUGGUCUGCCAACUUUGCCACCUCAAAAUCUAUGCAGUUUCGGGUUGCUGCUGUUGUUGUUAGCUAAACUCUGACCUUUGGGCACCGCAUAUUCGUUAUUAUUCCAUCAGAGCCUUACAAAUAUCAACUCUUUCUAACCUGUGUUUAACAGGUUAGGACUCUUUGCUCUCAGUCUGGAAUCACUGUAUCAUUCUUGAAGCUUAUAAUCUUCUUUUUGAUGGGAGCUGAGACUGGAGAGCAAUCAGUUGAAAUAGAAGGAGCUCUACUAGCAUUAUUGGGUUAGCUGCAUUAGGUUUUCAUGAUACAAGGUUUAGCUUGAGGAUUGGAUGUAGUCUAUAAACUAUAUGUAUUCUUCCCCAAAAUUUUAGAGCUCUGGCCCAUAUGAUGGGUUACCGUCAAGAAAUACUCCAUCCGUUCCAAUUUAAUACGUAAUUCAUGUAAGAUGGGACGAAAGAAAUAAUAUAAAUAUUGUAUUAUUAUUCUUAUUUAGUGUGGGUUAAAUGAAAUGUAGUAUAUCCACUUUCCCGUUAUCUCUCUCUCAGGGAUGUAUUGUAAAUCAAGCCAUAGGCUCUUUCGUAUAUUC